AUGCGCGUGAGGAGCGUGGUGACAUGCACUGCGGUGGUGUCUGGACAUAUAGCAUGCGGCGAUCUCGCAGCUGCGCGAGCUGCAUUUGAGGCGAUGCCGGAGCGGAACGUGGUGAGUUGGACGGUCAUGAUCGAUGGGUGUGCGAGAAAUGGACGGCCGGAGGAGGCGUUUGGGUUGUUCGGGAAGAUGUUGCGGGAGAAGCAGAAGCCGAAUUGCUACACGAUGGUGGGUUUGCUGAUGGCCUGCUCGGAGCUGGGGAGCUUGAGUUUGGUUCGAUGGGUUCAUGAAUUCGCCCGCAGGAAUAAGAUGGUGGAGGGAGGUUUUUAUAUUGGUACAGCCUUGAUAGAUGUUUAUGGCAAGUGUGGGAGCGCCGAUGAAGCUCUCAAGGUGUUUGAUGAAAUGCCUGUGAAAAGCCUGGCUACUUGGAAUUCGAUGAUUGGUAGCUUGGGCGUGUGUGGGCGGGGGAAGGAGGCGGUUGAGUUAUUCAGAGAGAUGCGGAGGAGGAAUUUAAUGCCGGAUGGGAUCACUUUUGUUGGGGUUCUUGCGGCUU